AUGACACCUCGCCUUCUUCUAUUUCUCUCCCUUAUUGGGGUUACUGUAUCGAUUAUUGUUGGUGGAGGGGGUGGUGGUGGUUACAACGAUCACAGUGGUCACUACAGUCAUAGCAAUAGUAGGGAUAGUAGUGAUAGUCAUGAGCAUCGGCCACGCCCCCAUAGACCUCGUCCGCAUCGACCACAGCCAGGUAGACCACCCCGAGAGCGUACUAACUGCCCUGCUAACUGGUUGUUAUUCACGAGGCCAGAAGGGAAUUGGUGUGCUCAGGCUUUCGUGGCUACUCUUGCACGAGAUCCAGCAGAAGCACAGUGUCAAGCACUCGGAGCAACGCUGACAGGGUUACAGUCGAGCUUAGAGAGGCAGAGGCUUGCAGAAGCCGCGCGUCUUCUUGCCGUCCAAUACAACAUUGCAGAAGGUGCGAUGUGGGUUGGAGGCAGGGCUAAACCCGAAUGCACCUCACCACGUGCUUGUCCAGACUCGAGGAACUCGUUCUACUGGACCGAUGGACACACACAGAAUGGGACGGAUGGAUUCACAUGGGAAGUCGGGAAUCCCGCGUUGGAGUAUUAUUAUUUAAACCAUUCGAUGGGAGUCUCUGGAUGCGCUACUCUUGUAUUUGCUAGAAAUGGUGGAGCCGUCCACUUUUGGCGCGGAUUUGUGCAUGGACUGCUGGAUGAUGUCUGGUGUACUGCCCAGGUCAGAAUGUAUGCUUGCGGGAAGUUGGCAACGUGA